AGGAGCAGGAGUAGUUAACGUUAAUUAUUUUGGGUGUCCACAGCAGGCACGAGGAGGGGCAGGUAGCCUUCCUUUCCUUGCGCUGUUCUUCGCUUCAUCCAUCCAUCAGCUGGGCCUGGGCUGGCUUAACUUCAACAGCAUCAUCUCCCCGCCAUUCGCGCCGUGAUUGGAUUCUUCCGAUCCUCUUGUAUUCGAUCUCAUUCCAAUUCGGCAAUUUCCCAGCACAGACACACAGCCAAACUCAUCCUCCUUUUUUUUUUCUUCCAUCCCCUCCCUUGAGAGAGAUUGAGAUUGAGGCUGCCACCGCCCGCGCGCAUCGAUCGAUUCUACUGGAGUGGAGAUCGAGCGAGGAUAUAUAGAUCUGGACUGGACUGGAGCUCCGAUCAACAUACUACUACUACUCGUAUAUAAUAAGCCAAGGAAGGCUAAUGGCGUCGAUCCGGCGGCCGCACUCACCGGCAAAGCAGCAGCACCUUCUCCGCCACGGACACCUCGGCCCCUUCGCCUCUUCCUCCCCGCCAUCCUCGCCGCUCCGCCACUCCUCGUCUUCGUCUUCUCCCAGAUCAGCGGCUCAUCACCACCACCAUCUGCUUGCUGCUGCUGGGCACACCUCCUUCCGCCGCCCGCUCCCUCGCUUCGCCGCCUUCUUCCUCCUCGGCUCCUUCCUCGGCCUCCUCCACUUCCUCUCCCAUCUCCCCCGACCCCUGGGCCCCAUCCCCAAUCCUAAUUCCCACCACCGCCACCGCGAUCCAUUCCCCAUCCUCCAACACCCGCACCCGCCAUCCACCCCCCACAGCAACCACAAGCUGCUCAUCGUCGUCACCCCCACGCGCGCCCGCCCCUCCCAGGCCUACUACCUCACCAGGAUGGCCCACACCCUCCGCCUCCUCCACGACUCACCCCUCCUCUGGAUCGUCGUCCAGGCCGGCAACCCCACCCCGGAAGCCGCCGCCGCCCUCCGCCGCACCGCCGUCUUGCACCGCUAUGUCGGAUGCUGCCACAACAUCAAUGCCUCCGCCCCUGACUUCCGCCCCCACCAGAUCAACGCCGCCCUCGACAUCGUCGACAACCACCGCCUCGACGGCGUCCUCUACUUCGCCGACGAGGAGGGCGUCUACUCCCUCCACCUCUUCCACCACCUCCGCCAAAUCAGGAGGUUUGCCACAUGGCCUGUUCCAGAAAUCUCUCAACACACAAACGAGGUGGUUCUCCAAGGCCCUGUAUGUAAACAGGGCCAGGUUGUGGGAUGGCACACAACCCACGACGGGAACAAGCUGCGCAGAUUUCAUCUUGCCAUGUCCGGUUUCGCAUUCAACAGCACCAUGCUCUGGGAUCCCAAGCUCAGGUCCCAUUUGGCAUGGAAUUCGAUCAGGCAUCCAGAAAUGGUGAAAGAAAGUCUCCAAGGAAGCGCGUUUGUAGAGCAGCUAGUGGAGGAUGAAAGCCAGAUGGAAGGCAUACCUGCUGACUGCUCUCAAAUAAUGAACUGGCAUGUGCCAUUCGGAUCUGAAAGUGUUGUCUAUCCUAAAGGAUGGCGGGUUGCUACAGAUCUGGAUGUAAUUAUCCCUCUAAAAUAGUAUCACCAGCUAUGUUCACCAAAGUGCUAACUCCUUUGACAGGCAUAUACUGUAGAAAUUAGGCCUUGGCAAGUGUGCAGAGACAUUUAUACUUUGGAGAGCAUCUCUCGGAAAGGGAAGACUUCUUCAGCUGUUGCUUCAUAAUUUUGUAGGAUUCAUAAUUGCUUGGACGGCCUCUAUCCAAAUCCAAUCCAAAAACCUUCUCUUUGCCGUGUAUAUGUUCAUGUUGUAGCAAUUUGUAUUCAUUUUUUUGGGUUCAAAAGCCAAACGGCAAUACAUGUUUCAGGAUAUUUAAUUUAAUAGCAUUCUUUCUUCUGGCCUGUGCAGAUUACUGCCUAAA